AGUCAGAUGCGGAAGGCCCAUGAUUAUGAAUUCGAGGCAGCCAGAAUGCAGCUUGCGGCGGGCCUCCGACCACCUUUUUAGCCAUUGCUUUAUCCUUUGAGCCUGCGCGCACGAUACCACUGACAGCAUAGUACUCAUCCGCACUACUCACAGGCGCAAAUCCACCGUCGCAGCCUCAGCGCAAGCUCCCUUAUCACUCCUCCGUUGAAUUCCAAUGGCGCAAAAAACCCCUCUGUCGGCGGUCCUGCCGCCUCUCAUCUUCGGCACCGCCACCUUCAACCACCAGUACAACAAGGACCCUUAUGCCCUCGACACCAACGGCCUUGUCCAAACCGCCCUCGAACACGGCAUCCGCGCCUUCGACACGUCGCCUUACUACGGCCCUUCUGAGUCACUCCUCGGCGCAGCCCUCGCCACGCCCUACGUGCGCGCAAGCUUUCCGCGCGAAGAGUACUUUAUCCUCACCAAAGUUGGGCGCGUUGCCUCGGAAGAAUUCGACUACAGUCCGGAGUGGGUGCGGGCGAGUAUCGCGCGCAGCUUGCAGCGGCUCCAGACACCAUAUUUGGAUGCCGUCUACUGCCACGACGUGGAGUUUGUGAGCGAGGAUGAGGUCCUAACGGCGAUACGCGAGCUCCGCCGCAUCCGCGACCAGGAUGGCACAAUUAGAUACGUCGGCAUCUCGGGCUACCCGCUCGACGUGCUGUGCAGGCUGGCCGAGCGCGUGAAGCAAGAGACGGGCGAGCCGCUGGACGUAGUGCAGAGCUACGCCAACUUCACGCUACAAAACACGACACUUGCAACGAAGGGGGCACAGCGCCUGCAAAGUGCCGGCGUCGACGUGGUGCCUAACGCCAGCAUGCUGGGCAUGGGUCUGCUGCGCCAUGACGGCGUGCCGCUCGGCAGUCUCGGCGACUGGCAUCCGGCCAACGACGAGCUGCGCGCCGCAGUGCGUAAGGCGUCCGACUUCUGCGACCAGCACGACGAGCGUCUCGAGGUGAUUGCCAUGCGCUUCGCCAUGGAGUCGUGGGUCGCAGCCGGCGCGGCCGUGGGUUCGCGCGGCGAUCCCGCCUCCGGAGUGCCGUGGAAGCGCGAGAGCAUCGACGACGUUGGCGGCAAGAAGCUGGGUGUCAGUGUCAUGGGCGUCAGCACGGCCGCGGAGCUGCAGAAGACGCUCAUGGUGUGGCGCAGCAUCUUGGACGGGCUGGAGAACGGGCAGCAGACGGCAGACACGGCGGGACGGUGGAAGCGGGCACAUGAAUGGAGCUUGAACCGCAAGCGGGCGGUGCAGAUACUGGCCGAGGGGGUGCAGGAGUGUCUGGGCGAGUGGUUUGAUUAUGCGUGGGACAGUCCGGGCAAAGGAUUUGUCAAUCAGAGGGGCGCGAAGAAGGCGAGCGAGAAGGACAAGACACUCAAGGGCAAGGAGGCUGAAGCAGAGGCGCCGUGGCUGACUCCCGCUGCAAGCCCCGAGUUGAAGCCGGAAAGCGCAAAGACGGAGCUGCCGUUGAGGUGAUGGGACAGAUUACAUAUUGUAGAUAUGGGUUGAUCAACAAAUAGAGAUUCGGUAGGUAUGAAUAUACUUCGGAGUAGAUGGAUGCGGAGAAGUAUCCGAUGGUUUUUUAGAUCAGC